CGCGACGCGUACCAGUAGUACCCGGUGUGCACGGUCUUGCUGCUAACCUUCUUCGCUGCACUUCGGCCGCGGUCGAUCCCUCUCGGCUCCUUCUCUCUCUCUCUCUCUCUCUGUCGCCCUCUCGCCCGUCCUUCUCUGUGUGUGCGUGCGUCUCUCUUUCUCCCGCUCUUCCUCUUCUUCAUUCUCUCGCAGUCGUACGCGCGAUCGUUACUCCGAGAGAACGCGAACGAGCGAGCGAGUAGUCGCGCGGCAGGUGGAAGCCGACGACGACGACGCUGUUUCAUCGAAACGACACAGCAUUCCGCGCGACACUCCGUCGUCAUCGCUGGCGGACGUCGAGUGCGCGAUUAUCCCGUGAAGCCUGCAAGAAUCGCGCGCUAACCCGACGAAGCGAUCGCGCGCGAUCGGCUCGGUGCUACACGGUGUCCUUGUUAUUAUCAGCCCCGGAUUCUGAUCACCGGGGAGGGGGAGAGUCGAUCACGCGACGACGAGAGGAGAAUCCGAAGGGAAACACGUACAUAUCGCGGCAAGACUGUGAGAGGGGCUCGGGAUCAAUCGAGGAAGAGAGUACUAUUGUAUUCCGACAACGCGAAAUCCAAGAGAGCGCGUGAGAGACGAGUGGGUGGUAGUGCGGAUGCGGUGCGGACGGGAAGUCUGAAUAGCGGUUACAACGAAACGAGAGAGACGAGACGUUUCUCGAUUUCCGCGUCGAAUUUAUCGGGAACGGCGGCGGCGAGAAGGAGGAGUCAGCUGGGGGAACUGAAUAAAGGAUUACGCGCUUCUGUGGCCCGACAGCGCGAGUGGGAGAAAAAGACUCCAGCUCGGGAGAAUAAAAAUAGGUCAGCGAUACGGAAAGGCAGAAAGUCCGUAAAACUGCGAGCUAUAAACAGCGACGACCUAAUCGAAAAGUGCGAAAUCGCGAUAAAGGAGACUACGAUUGAGAAGAAGCCUUUUCAGCGUGAAACACAAAGGCGGCUAUCCGCCGAUCUGUGAUAUCGAGAGAGAGAGAGACCAGUCAGUCGACCGAGAGCGUCGAGUGUGGCGCGGCGAAGUUGUUGCGCAGCUUGCGAAUAUCUAAUCAACGGCGGCCUGAAGUUCGGACGGAUUAACGAGCUUUCGAGCAGCUUAGGAAUACCGAGGAGAUCAAAGCCGCCUGAUUUCGGGAGGAAUCGCGAGACAAGCGCGCGGAACGGGAGAUCCUCUGGAACGUGUCGAGAACGGACGUGAACGUUGAUUCAGACAGAAAGCGGCCGACCACAUCGAGUCGCACCAGUUCGAGCCGGAUACUCGUAGAUUCGAUAUCCAAAAGUCGGCGAGGACGCGUCGUUGCGCCGCUCCCGGCCGUUGCGUAGCAGCUCGACAACGCGAGCCGCGACAAGUCGCGACGGCGAACGCGAUCAGCCGGUCGUUGCACCUCGCCCGCUCGCUCCGGUAAAUCUCCGAACGUCUCUCUUCGCGAUAUACCGUUACCACACAUAUACACGCACGACGAUCGGAGAGGCCUCGUGCGCGAGAGGAAGGCGGCUCCGAGCGGACUCUCCGAUUCCGCUCUUCCAGUCGAAUCGGGGACGCUCGCGAGGAACGCGAAAGGAUUGCAGAAGAAGCCCGUAGCUUCGCACGUUCCACCGUGCCAAGUCGUUCCGGACGAAAAGCAGCGACAGGCUCCCCCUUGGACACCUUAGUGACUCGGCGAUACGCCACGGUGUAUCAGGAAUAAAGGAGAAGCGGCUGAGCGAACGCGUGUUCUCUCGAUUAACUCACGAGGACACACACAUCGGGAGCUAAACUCGAGAGACAAGUGAGAAAAGUGCGGAUCGCGGGGGAGGAGGACAAUAGUCGUCGGCCGGCACACGGCAAGAUCCCCGCCGUUAUGCGCACACUGGCCGAAGCGAUGAAGCAUCGCGCGAUCAGCUGACUAGCCGGGCUCUUCGGCGGUCGCACCGCUGAUAAGAACGCCGCCGUAGACACCGACAACUCGCAGCGACGUUCGCCUGUCUGCUCUGUCAUGACGUUCGGCACUCCAUUCAACACCGAGAAGUCCCAGUUCGUCGGCGAGAACACCGCGAGGACUGGCAGCAUGGCGGCCGAAGAAGGAAUGUUGGGCGGCGGCCUGGGCUCGAAACUGAAAUGCCCGACUCCUAUAUCGCGGUUGAGGGUGGAGAAAAUCGAGGGUGGCCUGAUGGUAGCCGGCGUAGUGAUAGCCGCGAACUGUCAGAUCGCUCUUCCGGCUUUCGGAUUUCUCUUCAUGCUCGUCGGUGCCGUACUCACUGCUGCUUCGUACCGAGGCCCGGGCGAGGACGAGGACAAGAACUCGUACGCCGCGCGAAUUGCCUUUACCGGCAAUUCCCGUAUUCUAGGGCCGAUCUGCAUAGUCGUGGGCGCCCUUAUGCUCGCGCUCGGGGUGCUGCUCUGCAUGCUAACGAGAAGGGCCAGGCGGAGGGAGCGUAGGGUGGGCUUCCACUGUCCGCUCCACGGAGAUUUCUAUCCUCUGAGUCCGGUCCAAGGUAUCAAAAUGCUCGGGGUAUCUGGCAAGGACGUGAGCGGGUGGCCGAAGAUCCCGUGUCUGAAGGGCCGCGCGUCCAGCAAGGGCGGAAGUGGUGCCGGAGGAGCGCACGCAGGCCCGCCGCAGUGUCCGCACUCAGUUCUAAGCAGCACUCGCAGUUCCGUAAGCAGCUCGCCUUUGAGCCCGUGUCCGACGCCCAUGCCCUUCCUGGUGACUUCGGGCUCUGUUAGUAGUGGCAUGGUGCAGAGCGUUGGUGCUAAUUUAUCGCCGGACCAAACAUUCGGAUCGAUCCGGUCGCUCUCGGUGACGAGGGAAGUCGCCAGUUUCCCCCUGUCGCGAACACCCACGCCGCCACCCCAGCACAGACCGUCGGCGCUGGCGAACCCCGAGGAGCUGGUGGGCGCCGUCGGUAGCCCGCUGCGAGAGGCCUCGCCGAGGCCGGAGGUGCGCGUGGUCGCGCCUUCUCACCGGCCGCCGCCGUCCGCACUGGCCGCGAACGGCCACUCCGUCGCAACGGCGAACCGCAAGUCCGUCAGCAUACUGUUGCCGGAGCAGUCCAGCGGAUGACCCCAGCUGAUGCAGCAGCCGCAGCAGCGACAACAGCUGCAACAACAACAGCACGGCUUCGUGCACCGUUGCGACGAAGAGCCACUCUCCAUCUAGAACCGUCGGCCUGCGUAAGGAGACGACGAAGACCUUCGAAACUGUCGCGUUCGCCGUUCACCGACGACGUUCGCGAUCGUCCAGCGGUAACGGCGAACCCGACUCCGCUCGUCUUCUCCUUCUUCUCGUCGCGGCUCCACGAACUUGCAUCGCGCCCUGAUCGGACGCGUCUUCGUAUAGUGCGAGUGUGUCUCUCACCUGACGACGAUGCGCGCCUGUCGGGUUGACACGGAGCUUAAUUCGGAGCGCGGCUCGACCGAUCUCUCCCGAUCCCCUCGCGGCCGAUGCGCAAUCCGAGAGCAGUGAAGGUUAAUCGACGCCGGGAGACGUGCCGGAGAACGUUAUCUCUUAUCGUUUCCGAUCGACGACCGUCGUUGCAUGCGAACCGACGAUUUCACCGUCGCGCGCUCCACCACGUUAUGCGCGUACACACACACACACACGGCCGACAUUGAUUUCGACUGGAAACCGGAAUCUCGCGAUUCAAUCUAACCCCCGCGAUCCUGGCUUCGCUCUCUUCAGGUGGGCGCGUGCCCACCUGAGUCGUCGCGGGCUCGAGAGAAGGUCACUCAGAUCGCGAGAUGCGGCAGAAUUCGGAGGGGAAGGGUGGUAAGGGAGGAUCGACGAUCCUGUUUCGCGCGCCGUUGCGCGUGAAAAUCCGACGAGGGAGAAUCCCGCGUCGGAAAGUGCCGGCCUCUUUCCGAGCUGUGACGGAUCGAUCGCGCUCGAAGCGAAAAGCUCACUUUCGCCGCUGGUUAACCGCCAGUCAUACCGGUAUCGGGGAUGAUGCGUUAGCGAGCGACCCGGUGCAAAUAUACCGCGCGACGUGAACGCGAUUUGUACAUCUCGGGAAAUGACGGGGGCUGGCGGAUACGAAGAUGACGGAGAGAUACGCGCGAGACGUUGUCGGUCCGGAGAGCGUUUUUCUGUUCCCCGUCUCUCGGGGUCGAUCGAUGAUCACUCGGGGACCCGGAGGACGCAGGUAUAUUCGUAUCGCUUGUAUUCAAUUAAGCGCAUAUCGAUCCUCGUUUUACGCGCCAUCGGCGAAGUUCGCGCGUUCCUUCGUCUCCCCCUCUCCCCCCUCCUUGGCGGAACGCGCGUUCGAUUCUCCGCGGGUUCCUGGCGCAGGUUCUGUGGCGGCAAGCUCGCGACAUUUUUUCCCAUCCCGAUCGCAACCUCAGAGCGCAUCUGGCGGAUCCGUCAGAGACAAAUUUAUCCCCUGGCAAUUACUGAAGAACAAACGUUUUUCUAUUGGCAUGCGGCUGCGCUGCGAGGCUCAUUUUCGGUAAAGCGUCUUACGGCCUCUCUUAACGCCGGCUGUACGCAAAUCCUCGAGACUGUGUCCGAAACUCACGAAAACGGAUCCCCCUCGGGUGCUCGAGAUGUAUUUUCAGCGACGCUCUCGCCGAUCUGAAUGCGUAGGGAGACCACGAAAGGGUUAACAUCUGCGCGGGAGAAAAGGAAGGGAGACGUACGAGACGUCCACGCUGUGUCAGCGUGUGUUAAUUAAAGUCCCGGUUAUUCUCGGCUCGCGCAUUCUUGCCGGGAGAGAGGGGAACCGUUUCGAUUCGUCGGUGACGACGAAUUUCGCGUCUUCUGUUCCUCGCGAGAGGCGAGCGCCGGUGAAGAGACGGAGCCUUCCUACCGUUCCUUCUUAAUUCGAGACAUUCGGAAAGCUCCAUUUCGCCAUGUCCCGACAAUUUCCUGUCGCCGAUUGCCGAAAGAAAGAGAGCAAAGAAUCGAUCUUCUCCGUCUCUCCUCCCCUUCUAUCUAUCCGUCUCUCUUUCGCGCACGCGGACGAAUCACGAGUCGGUUUUUGCGAGAACCAAUAUCGCGAGAUCGACGGAGAAUCCCAUUGAAUCCUAGGUAGGUGGAUAACUAAAUAAGACAGACCGUAUAGAACGGAUCGCUCUGACGACGUGUGUUGGCAGACGCUCGGAUUCACUCGUCUAGACGGGCCGAUGGCCGCCGAUUGCUCGAUUUUGCACGGGGGAUCGAGGGUAGCGCUCUUAUUUUUAGUUCGGCCGGAUUAUCCCCGAUCUCCUCCCACACGCCGAUCUAACGAAGAUGACGCGAACGGUGCUUACGUUAAUAAGAGAGAUACUCAAGCGCGCCUGCGACUGCGCGUGUUUUGACGCGAUAAGCCGUUUCCCUUCUAAUUUCGCCGGUGAUUUCUCUUCUCGGCGCCAAUCAGUUUCUUUCGUUUGACUUGUGAUGUCGAGAUACUAAAUGGUUCACGAGCAAUUUAUCUUAUUCUCGGGAUGACAGGGAACUUGGUUUUCUCCCCUUUUUCGCCAUUUUUUUUUUUGGGGGGCGAAUUGACUGUAACCACUGACAAUCUACUUAUUAUAAGAAUAAUACUCGCGUGUGUAUGUUGCUAGAUUGUGGAGAUGAAAGGAAUAGAAAUGUCGAGAAUACGAGAGUCGGAAGCACAAGAAAGCGGAAGUCUCGAGAACAUACGACAUUCCAGCAGUGUUCGAUCUUAAUUUAUACAUACAUACAUAUAUAUAUAUAUAUAUAUAUUAGCGAAAUCAGUGGUCAUGAUAGCUUUUGAAUUUUUAUUCAAACAUUUCUGAUGGUCUAUGCGAUACAUUAGUAAAAAUAACAACAUAUUGAAUUAUAGUUUUUCCCAUCGAACAAUAUGAUUUAAUCCAACAUGAGAGAGAAAGAGAGAAUAAUUUUCAUUCUGAAAACGUGUGUUUCAUCAGGACUCGUUUCAUGCGGGAUUAUGUUAUUUUAAUGGAACAAAUCCGCGAGUCGAACAAAUAGGAAAUUUCAGUCCGAGGAAUUUUUUCCCCCCUCUCGUGCGGACUUCGCGAAAAAAUAAUAAUUGGCGUGCGAAUUCUCAGCGCGCACCUUCGAAUUUCGACGAGAACUCGUUAAUUGAAAGCGCAUCGCGUCUUCAUUAUUUUCACGGUGGUUUCAUCCGUCCGUGAAACUCGGAUAACAUUCAACACGGCGGCAUCGCGAACGAGGAGGGAACAACUCGAAAUUUACGGAUCAAAAGAUUCCGCGGUACUUUUGUUUUCGGCCGAUCACGAGUUAUGGACGAUACGUCGAGCGGAUCUGAAAGCCGCAAGGUAACAAAAUGCCCCCGGCCGACCGAUUGAAAUCGCCUCUACGUGCCAGUCAAACGAAGGAAAAAACCACUCUUGUUCCGUGUAACGAUCCGGUCAUUUUUUUUCCUUUUUUUAACAAACUUGUUAAACUCCCUUAACCUCCGUUCUUCACCACCCGCGGAGAGCUGAACUUCGUGCCGCAAGAUUCUCAAACACGACAAUCAACGGAAUCGCUUUUAUAUCGAGAUACUCCUACGAUUCCUGUGCGAUACCGCGAGUAGAGCUCGUUCAUUCAAAGCUGACGACGCUUCGAGAAGUGAACAUCGUCUCUCACGGUUGGCGGAUCUCACCGAUACAAUAGUACCGUCGAUCUCUUUUAUUCUCGCGUGUCGAUUUCACUUUGUCUCUUCCGAGCGGAACUCGAGCGUCUCGCGAUACGAGAUAGAACGGGUGAAGGAAUAGGUGAUAUCGAGAAGGCGCGACUAUCUAUCGUCCCGAUGUUGGAGCGCGCGCGCGCGAAGGAAACGAUCCUUCCCGUCUUUCGGUGCGUGUCGCGCGACGAGAGAAACGGGGGAACAGGUUUUGAACGAAAGAGCGAGAGAUCCUCGACACGGCGCACGGCAUGGCCACCGUAAUCGGAUUAAGUGCUUCUGAUGGAAUUGACCGAAACGAGAUACCGGCCUUUGCGACGCUAAUUAACACGUAUCACUCGCGGACACUCGCGGAAACCGGUAAACACAGACGGACAAGCACGACAACGAGCGGAUACACGCGAGUCGGAUUACCGGAAAAAAACACCAUUUCGCGCGAUGAAUGGAGCGCGCGCGCGCGAUGAUAUACGUACGUACAUACAUAUAUCUAUCAUCGACCCUAAACUUGGCGACGUACAGGUUGUUGAAGGAGAAAAAGAAGAAAGAGAGAGAGAGAGGUCCAAGGCUCUGGGGACGCGUAUAAGCUGAGGACAGUGGAGGGUGUGCUUGAUCAACACCCUGAGUAGAAAAAUGUUGGGGGGAAUCUAGUCACUAGACAGGAACUGGACAGUUUUUACCGGCUUGAAUUAAUUAGGCAGUUCAGAAAUUGUCCAAAAAAUACUGACUAUUAUUUCCUGACCGGUUACUUACCGUAAACUACUAAAAAAAAAAAAACAGUAAGUCAAUACUAGACAGUUUAAGUUUCCAGCAAAAACUCUUAAAAUUCUGGCUAGUAUUUCUUGGCAAUUUCCUGGCCAGAAAAUAGGCAGGAUAAUAAGCGAAUGAAAUGGUAAACGAAUGAAAUGUUCAAAAUCUUGUUAGGAACAGAAACUGGCUAGUAUUACCAUUCAGUUAUUGCCGAGGCAAAAGUCUCCCAAACUUGUAAGUUUUUGCCGGUAAAACUGAUCGGAAACCAGCUGGUUAGAGAAUUACUGGCCAGUUACUGGCUAGAAACUGGUUGAAUUUCUACUUGGGACGCGCCCGAAAAAUCGAUCUUUUUGCUGCGAAACGCGCGAUUUUUUGUGCGGGUAACAAACGCGCGUGCGAUUUAUCUUCUAUCGUUUGUGUCGCGUUUAUGUGCGAAAACAGACGGAGAAGAUCGUCGUGAUAUCGUGCGAGAUCGUUCAGCUUCUCGGUGCGAUAUCGUCGUCGACAACUCGAGCCGAUAACCGCCACGAGCGUCGAUUACAGUCGACUAUUUGAUUUUAAUAUUUCGCGAUGUGCACGUGAUUUCCUUUUGAGAAAAAUCUCCUUUGGGCUAAAUUAUCGUCAAUAAUAAAAAUAAUACCGAAUACACAUUUUCGGUGUCAUUUUUAGACGUUUAGUCGCGAUACGUGUUAUUUCAUGCAAAUAACUCUUCUGUCGUUCAAUGAGCAGGAAUUCUCGUACGAAUCGAUAGUAAUUUUACGAUGAUUAUUGGGCGAAGAUGUCGGCGAGAGGGUAAGCGUUCUCGAGUCUUGUUAAUUGGAUCUCGGCCAAUUAAUGGGCGCCACGUGGCUUAAAACACGCUCGUCGUACCGAGAAGAUUAGCAAACGUCGUUUAAGUGAACGAAGAAAGAAAGACGGUCGGAACGUAUCUUAAUGAUUACGAGAGAAAAAGGUAUCGAGUCCAGACGCGUGAUGAGAGAGAUAUAUCAAGGUGUACGCCAAGCUUAGAAUUACAGUUAAGGCAUAAAAAGGCGCAUCAGCCGAGCGAUAUGUGUUAAGGGGUGUUCCGAUGGUGCUCCGUAGAAUAUAUAAUAGCGUUAGUUAGUUACAUUAGAGAAAAAGAUUCGUUGAUAAGUAAGAUCCUUAUCGUAGGAGAGUUCGUGGGCACUAAUCGCGUAGCAUUUAAGAUAUUCAAGCGUAGUUUGUAAGACGACGCACGCGUUAAUGCUCAUAAUUCUCUGCCUGCCUCGAGAAAAAGAGAGAGAGAGAGAGAAAGAGAGUGUGUGUGUGAGAGAGAGAGAGAAAGAGAAUGAACGCGGCGAUCGAUGAAUCUCGGUCGUCGCCGAGCAGGCAGCUGAGAUUUUAAAUAAGACUCUAGUCCUGUAAAUACGUAGGUAAAAACGAAGGUAUCGAUUGAAGGAAGAGAGGAGAGAGGAGCGUGCAAGUGGGGGCGAAUGAACGAGCGAGCUUAGGGGUUUCCGAAGACACACAUCACACUCUUAUUACUUUAUCGGGAAGUGAAGGGGGUUACGUUAACGGUCGCGAACGUACGCGUGGUUUCGUAAGCUUAUGUUACGAUUUGUAUCGAGGGAGGGGGGAAAAAAAAGGAAGAAUAUCGUUAACUCUUCGAAGCGCGAAGAGAAGAACAUUUCAUCGCCCGUUUGCUUUUUUCCGCCGCUUCACUCUUCCGUAUCGCACGCAGUGUCGGGAGAAUCGAAAUGAAAAUACGUCUUUUCCCCCCACUGUAUGGAAUAUUCUCUGCCGUGCAAUUGUGAUCGCAAAUAUACUACGCUUCGUACGGACAAUUUGCGCGCUUUCUCCUCGGCGCCGCAUAGAGAGAAAGAGAGAGAGUGUGUCUCGCGAAUCCUGUGAGCGCUUCUGAGAGUUAACGAUAACGUCGGGCGUCUUUCGCUCAUCGAGGCCGUGAAUUCGCGAGCGGGCCGUCUUCAUCUUCGUCGGACGUACCGUCCCGGUUUUCCUCUCGCGAUCCCCUCCUCAUCCCUCGCGCGAGUACAGCGAGAAGAUUAAUGCGGCGCGUAAUUAAUGGGCGAGACCGGCAUCGAUCGCGCGAAACAGCGGGGCCGGAUGAACUUACGAACUUUCGCGAAGUCACGGCUUCGAUUUGAUACCGGCCGCUUGGGAAAGGUACACACGUCCGGGGGACAGUCAUUGUCUACGUGCUCCGCUCGCGUUAACGAUGCCGCUUAAUUAUGCGAGCGGGGCUCGGGAUAACCGUGAGCGAAUCGAGAUAUCGAAGCUGUUGGAGAAGUGCGCGCGAGAACGUAGCUCGUCGCGUUGCGAACGAGGCGGCGUCUUCGCCGAGAGCUCGAAGCGGAGACACAUAAUGGCUUUCUGAUAUAUCCGACAAUAUAUUUACAUAUUAAUAAUCGUAACGGUCUAGAAUAUACGCGUACUCUCGAGAUACCGUAGCUCACUCAAUAGCAUUUGUUCGUGCUGUCGUAGAAUAAUAAAAGGAAAAGGAAACAAUUAUAUCGAGGGUGGAGGACACACGAGAGAGGGGGGGUCUUUCUCUCGUGCGUGUUGCGUGCGUGAGUGCGUAUAUGUGUAUGCGCGAUCGCGCAGGCGAUUCGCCGAAUCAUACUGACCGAGCGAGUGAGAGCGAGCAUAAAGUUUCCGCGACUCGUUGGUCGCUUUCCGCACGCGGCAUAAAUCGCGCGUCCCCUUCGAGCGAAGUUCUCAUCGUGGAGCAGUUAGUUCCUUAUACGUAAUCUCUAGGAACGGAAUUCGUUUAACUCGAUUUCAAUCGGUGCGUCGACCGAUUUUAUUUUUUUAUUUUUUAUUUUUUUUAAUAAAUUGUACAGUUUUAUAGUAUAUGAUAUAAAAGCGAGAAGGUGAUACUUGAUUUACGCCACGAGCGACCCAAGUAAGCGCGCAAACGACGUCUCUGCGACGUGGUAGAUCAUGAAAAGCGCGCUUUUGCGCGAACGCGUGUGCCAAAAAGUAGGACAGAUCUCUUCUUGCGAACACGAGGCGAGGCAAUUCGUACAUUUUUGUUUCUCGCUGUAAGCACCGUCUCGUCCUGCCGGUCCCAUCUUCGGCGGAUCUCUUAGCGCGCGACUCUGUCGCGACCAAGAUGGGACCGCAGGAUCGGACGGCUCGCAAUUAUAAGAGGCUCAUGAGAAGUUUAUUUCCGCCGGUCGGAGAAACAUUUUUUGCUGCUGCUGAGCAAAUUUUUAAUUGACAGCAAAAGGAUUUAUUAAGAAACGUCACUGCUAUUUAUUGGAUAUCUGACGAAAUAAUUCGGUCGCGCCAAUUAAAUUAAAAUAAUUUCGUACAACAGCAAAAUCAUUUUUUCCCGUGUAACAAAUCUUUUUCUCAUGGUAGUAAUUAACAAUUUCCUGUACCAACGAAACAUUUUUCUCCGUUCGCGAUCGGGGCGCUCAACGCGGCAUUUGCCGAUUCUACGGCCGAGGAGAUCGAUCUUAGAAUCGAGAAUAUCGAAUCUGAAUUGAGCGUCUCAGGAUCCCGAAGAAUCUGGAUUAAAUUAAUGUGUCGCGCUGACAACCCUCUCGGCUGUCAAUUGUCAGCGGCACAGCCUGGAUCGUGUCGUUUGCUACGCUCAAGAGUUUCAAUAGAAAUAAAGAAGGCAGAGGGAAAGAGAGGGAGAGAGAAAAGCUCGAUUCCAUUCUCACUCUGUUCUUCUCCGAUCGGUCGAUCUGUUUCACUCUCGCGUUCGCGAGCUUAAUUUCCGUACGAUGUUGAUUCGGACGAAUUGCUACGCGUCUCGACGGGGCUCAAGGUCGGAAAUUAACGCGACUCUCGUCGCUCUUCGUCGGCGCAUCCUUCCACUCGCGAUUACGAUUCGCUGAGGGGCGCACCUGCGAUCGCUCUUGCGAUCGUCGAUGGCAGGAUUUCAAUUUACGUUUAGGAUAUAAGGAGACAUAAACAGAGAGAGGGUGGCUGACUCGUUAUUCGUUUCUUUUUCUAGGGCGAAUUGUGAUAGAACGCGUAGGCUCCCGUAAGCCAUAAGGGAUCGGAUUCGUGCGACUAUUAAUGAUAAUUACGAUUUUAAUUCUCACUCAUGAGGAGCAAGCGGGCGGGCAAGCGAGCGGGCACUGCUUCACCGUUUUUCCGCGAUCGUCCUGGAUAAUCUCGCGGAUAACGCCACAAUUCUGAGCACGUAUGUGCGAUCUGAUUCGCGCGAUUAUAUUUCUCUCGCGGCAAUCGGUCUCAAUGAGGCAUAAUUUCGCCCACAUCGAUUAACCGCGAAAUUUCGAAGCGCGAAACUCCAAGAAUACGAUAAAAUCGCAUCUCUCUCUUUUGGUCACCGACGCAAUCGGCGACGAGAAGAUCGAUCCUGUAUCCAAAUUCGGCACCUUUUAUCCGGACUGAGGCGAAAUAAAUAAUUCAGCUCACAGAGAAUUAACAAUUCAACAUCGCGAUUCGGUCUGGUAAUUAUAUACGCAGCUGAUUACGAGCCGGACGAAAGGCUCAACCGUGCGUGUUCGACUUGCCUGCCUACGGGCUUCACGUAUAAAUUAGAUAUAAGGGUGCAAUUUAUAGACCCGUCGUCCUGUCGUCGAGUCCUUCCUAACGAGGCUUGGGCGACACGCGUCCGUGGUGUAUUUACGAUAUACACAUACACACUCACAUAUAUAUAUAUAUAUAUAUAUAUAUACACGUAUAAUUAAGGCGUAAUUUACAUCCGGAUGAGUUUUAUAGCUGUUGACUAUAUAAAGAGGCUGAUUAAGUUUAGAUAUCGUUCCAAUGUACUCGAUACAUUUGAUAUAACGCAGUUAAAGACAUUCGUAUGUAAUGGACACGUUAAUUAUUAUUAUCAUAGACCCCCAACACAUACUCACAUUAUUAUUAUUAUUGCUAUUAUUAUUAUUAUUAUUGCUACUAUUAUUAUGAUUAUUAUACUCUAACGUAAAAUAUCCGACGACUUUACCUCCCUCCCGUUUUAAGCGCGUUCACCGAGAGGAAUAAAGGAUAAACAGAAUAGCUCAGGUGUAAGAAACGAACCCUCAACUAAGGUGAUUGAUUUUGGCUGAAUCACAAGCACUAGGUGAAAAUCGAUCCUAAUAAACAAACGACACAAGGAGCGAAUAAACGACAAGGCCGGUCUUACGUCGGCCGGCAAUGAAAGAAACGAAUUACAGGUCUCCUCGAAUAUUCCUCGUUGAGAAAUGAAAAACGGAAACGAAAAAUUCGAUCUCACGCGACGGAUCGCGUGUGUCGCGUCGCGGUAGUUGAGGGUUGACUUCCGUUUGGACGGAAGAGAAUACGGAACACAGUGGGUGGAGCAAGAUAUCUAUAUAAUUUUAGGUGAAUUGUAAAAAGAAAGGAAAGGGAGAAGCUUCCAAUUAUCGGUACCAACGGAAACUUCCGUUUCAAGCGCUCUGCGGCGUGUAACGUGUAAUACUCGCGAUAUUAUACAUAUCGCGCGAUACCGGGCGGAAAAAGAGACGGGCGAGUUUAUUUCACCGCUCACCUUGAGUAGCCCCCCGUAUGUAAGGAAAGUUCAACCUGGCCGAGCGGAGCUGCGUGGUGUAACGUGGGGAUCCACUCGCGACCGCGGAACGACCGUUCGAUGGCAGCCGGCGCGGCUUUUAUACGUUUAUAGCGGAACGACGGUAAUAAAGGGAAGCAAGCGGUUGUUUUACGGCCUACAUGUAGUAGUGACAUAUAAGGUAUGAAAAAAAUACGAGACAUAAACUACUCCGGCGGUACGACAUCGCGCGAGGUGACGAGGGUCGGCCCCCGUCCACACAUACGCACACACCGCGCAACUCCUGUCUCAGCGUCUUACGAGAGCACUUGAAAGACGUUCGGCAUAGAGAAAGAGAAAAGAAAAAGGGUUCACCGUGGAGGAAACAAAGUGAGAAAAAUUAGUGAUAAGAAACAGACGAUUCCCUCCGAAUCGUCGAGAGAACGACUUACUUAUCGAUCGGCUCGAUACGAUCCGCAGUUUCGCUGCCUCCCACUGUCUUCUGUCGCAAACGGAAGUGUCUUUGCGAGGAAGAGUAAGAAGGAAAGAGGAAAAAACGAAGGAGAAACUGACACGUCGCGCUCGUCAGAAACGAACGCGGCGGAAGGCGUUGAGGCGAGAACGAAUCCCUCCCCCUCCCCGCAUUUCGAAAGUCUCUCUCUCGAACGAGAUCCAAUUAGCAUUAGUGAGAUUGUUGCGGCUAUUAUCAUCCGAUAAUAUAUAUCAUCGUUACUCGCUGCUACGAUUACUAUCAUCGCUCUGUCCGUCGUUAUUACUAUAUUAUUACUAUAUAUUACCUCCCCUUCUACCCCUCCCCCUCCCGUCCACUGACAUCGCCACCGCCGAUGAACUCAAGUAGUGCGCUCUAUUACUCGAUAAUUCUGUGUCGAUAUACACCUAAUUGUAUAUUAACAAUCAUCACUGUGUAAAGACUUGAAAUUCCAAUAUAAUAAAUCGAUCUUCAUAUU